AUGAAGAAGUCGACGAUGCUGUACAUCAACGUUGUGGCCGUUAUGGUGGUCUUGGCUAUGGUGACGCCAGCCUUUGGCUUGGAGAUGCCCCUCGACGACUCGGCGGGGAGCAAGCGAGGGCCUGUGUACGAUACGAUGUGGUUUGAUCAGAUUCUGGAUCACUUUGAGUUUACCGUCGAGGCAUCGAUGACCUUCAAGCAGCGGUACUUGGUCUCGACCAAGCAUUUCAACGCCUCGCGCCCGGCGAUCUUCUUCUACACCGGCAACGAGGGCCCGAUCACUGGCUUUGCUGGCAACCUUGGGCAGAUCUGGGAGAACGCUGCCGAUCUCGGCGCCGCUGUGAUCUUUGCCGAGCAUCGUUACUACGGCGAGACCCUGCCGUUUGGCGAGGCCACGUUCAACACCACCGAGAACCUCCGCUGGCUCACUUCGGAGCAGGCUCUCUCCGACUACGUUCUGCUCAUUGCUGCACUCAAGGAUCCGGCAUCGAGCCACUAUCUCGGGCAGGGCGCCGAAAACGCCGCGGUCAUCACGUUUGGCGGCUCCUACGGCGGCCUACUCUCGGCCUACAUCCGGAUCAAGUACCCUGGCGUCGUUGCCGGUGCUGUUGCCUCGUCGGCGCCCAUCUGGCUGUUCCCCGAGACGCAGCCGGCCGGCGGCUUCCUCGGUUGGGUGACCAAGACGUUCACGGCGCAGUGCCCUCAGUCGAUCAAGCCCAUUCGGUCGACAUGGGAGACGAUGCUGCAGAUGGCGGCGACGCCUACCGGGCUCAAGCAACUCUCGUCAACCUUUUCGCUCUGCCAGCCGCUCUCCUCGCUGGCGCAGAUGGAGGCUGGCCUGUGGAUGCGGAUCGAGGCCGCGCUCAUCUACCUUGCCAUGGCUGACUACCCGUACCCGGUCGACUACUUUGGUCCGCUUCCGGGCAACCCGGUGGAGACGGUCUGCCCGUUCUUUGACGGCGUGGGCACCGGCGACGACGCGGUGGAGGCGCUCGCCUCGGCUGUUGCCCUCUUCUACAACUACACCGGUGAGGGCGGCGAGUGCUUUGCGCUCUCGGCCACGCCGGGCGACUUUUCGCUCAACCAGAUGCGGGCGUGGAACUACCAGUUCUGCACCGAGAUGACGCUGGCUGAGCUCGGCUCCAACGGUGUGACCGACUUUUUCUACCCGGCGCCGCUGGAUCUCAAGGCCUUUGCGGCGGCGUGCGCCCAGCUGUACCCGGGCAUUGUGACCCGGCCAGACUGGGUCUCGGCGACGUACACGUCCAAGCCGCUGCGCGGCGCGUCGAACAUUGUCUUUGCCAACGGCCUGCUCGAUCCUUGUACCUCGGGCUCGCCGAUGGUCGACCAGGGCCCUUCGGUCGUCGCACUCAACAUUGCCGACGCCGCCCACCACUUUGACCUGUUUGGCUCGAACCCGGCCGACCCGCAGUCGGUCAUCGACGCCCGCAUCGAGGAGCGAGAGUACAUCGUUCAGUGGAUCGCCGAGUGGCUUGCGUAG